CUACGCUAAGGUAAACAUCCGUCAAGUGUAAUUGGACUUUUUCUUUCUAGGAUUGCAACUCAAAUUGGCUUCACUGUAUCAGCCUUAUUCAAGGUUUUACCACCAGACGCAUUGCAAUGCGUAUUCACACGUAUUUACCAACGUACGUUAUGUGUACGUUCGUGGUCAUGCAAUUCAAAUCAGUUUCUGGUGAGAUGUUUAGCGCCCUGGCGGACCUGGAAGGCCUAGUCUCAACAGAGUUUGAACUCGUAAAACAGCUUGAUAACUACAUCCAAGAAGAAGAAAUCAGAUUGAAGCGACUGAGAAGUUUCCUGGAAGAAUACGAAAGCAUGUAUCAUGAAGCCAGUGCAGACGUGUCAAAGUAUUUGGCUAAUCCAGUUAAUGCUUAUUUACUAGUUAAGCGUCUAACUUCUGAUUGGAAAAAAGUCGAAAAAGUUGUCACUCAAAAUGCUGGAUCAGAUUUUGUCAAAAAUAUUACUCAACAUCAGAGCCUGGUACGAUUCCCGUCCGAUGAAGACCUGAAAGGAGCAGCAGUGGCUCUGAUGAGGCUGCAAGAUACGUACAAAUUAGACACUCACGCUUUAGCUGAUGGGAAGUUAUUAGGAACAACAUAUUCACGCCAACUUACCGCUGGUGAUUGCUGGGAACUUGGACGCCAAUCAUAUAAUAAUGGGGAUCAUUAUCACACCGUUCUGUGGAUGGGAGAAGCUUUAAACAAAUUCGAAGAAGAAACAAACAAAACAGUUACUCGCGAAGAAAUACUGGAAUAUUUGGCCUUUUCUACAUAUGUUCAAGGUAACGUGAAGGAAGCCCUGCAGUUGACUAACGAACUGCUAAAAACGAUUCCGUUCCAUCAGCGUGCAAUUGGAAACAAGAAACAUUAUGAAGAGCUCCUUCGUGAACAAGGAAUCAUUCCGCCUGGUGGAGAAGCAACAAGGUAAGCCAUGGAAAUGAACGAGCCCUUCGAUACAUCCAAUUUGAAAUUGACAAAACCGAAAGGAACCCACGGGGUUCCAAUUGACGAGUGGAACAACUACGAGAAGCUUUGCAGAGGAGAAAAAUUGAUGGACCCAAAAAUCGAUGGACAAUUGCACUGCCGUUACGUAACCAAUAACGUGCCAUUUUUCUUCAUUCAACCCGUCAAAAUGGAAGAGGCUUACCUUAAACCACUGAUUGUUAUUUAUCACGACGUCAUUACCGACGAAGAGAUUGAAACUGUUAAGCAGCUAGCCAAACCUAGAUUUAAACGUACCACCGUGAGGAAUAGCGUGACGGGCAAAGUCGAAACGGCCAAAUACCGCAUCUCCAAAGCAGCGUUCUUGAAAGACAGCGAACACGAUUACGUGGCAAAGAUAAGCCGGCGAAUUGGCCAGAUUACUGGACUUGAUAUGACCACGGCUGAGGAUUUACAAGUUUGCAAUUACGGCAUUGGUGGACAUUACGAGCCCCACUUCGAUUACGCAAGGAAACAAGAAGCCAUCGGCUUCAACAAAGACACUGGAUGGCGCAACCGCAUUGCCACUUGGCUAUUCUACAUGAGCAACGUCGAAGCAGGUGGUGCAACUGUUUUCCCAACUUUGAACUUGGCUCUUUGGCCGCAGAAAGGAAGCGCUGCCUUUUGGUAUAACCUACAUCUUAACGGUGAAGGUAACGUGAAUACGCGUCACGCUGCGUGUCCCGUACUUACCGGAUCCAAAUGGGUAUCAAACAAAUGGAUUCACGAACUAAAUCAAGAAUUUCGCCGUCCGUGUGGUUUGCGAUUCGAUGUCGAUAUGUAGUGAUAUACUUAAGCCAUUACCUUAAUUGUCUCAAAGAUAUUGAUGUUCUGCAAUGUUGCGCUUACCUUAUGAACAAUCACCCUGUUAUUGUUGAUUUACCUUUGUUGUCAUUGGCUAUGCGUUGGAUAAAUGUUACCUGCCUUUUAACUGUAGUUAAUUCGAAAAUGA